AUGGCUGAUCACUUUCAGGGAAAGUCCGAUUUUAGAGCUCCUCUACUUACAGGUUUUGACAAUUACAAUUGGUGGAAAGGCCAAAUGGAGGCUCAUCUAUCCAGAGAUACCCUAAUGCAAAGAGUUGUGCAGAGAGGUCUUUAUGAAUAUCUUGAUAAGGAUGGAAAAGUCAAGGAUGUGUCUUCUCUAAAAACAGCAAAGGAGAUUUGGGAUGCCUUCGAGACAUAUCACGAAGGUUCAAAGGCAUUAAGGAAGGUCAAGCUCGGAAAGCUUAUGAAAGAAUUUGGAAGCUUUACUAUCAAGAAGGGAGAAUCCAUUGGAGAAAGUCAAGCUAGAUUCCAAGUCACUCUUAAUAGCCUUGAAAGACUUGGCAAAAAGAUUCCUCAAUCGGAAAUCAACAUGAAUAUAUUAAAUGUGGUUCUGUUAGAGUUUGGUGCCAAGGUCAUAGCAAUAGAAUCAGCUCUCAACAUUGAUUCUAUGGAUCACCUAGCUAUAUUUGCUGAGUUGGAACAAUUUGAAACUAAGAUCGAAGCUAACAGCUCAGAAAGCAGCAAGCUCCCUACUAAGAAAAUGAAGAAUCUUGCACUGCACUCCUCUGUCAGCAAGCUGGAAUCAGAUAAUGAAGAAUCAAAAUCAGAUGAGGAUCUAGCUCUUUUGACCAUAAAAAUAAAGGAAAUGAUUGAAAAGAAGAAUGAAUUGAAGAAAGAAAAGGGCAAAGCUUUUGGUGCAAUGAGAGACUCAAAAGAUGAUGUAUGCUUCGAAUGUGGCAAGAAAGGAAAUUUCAAAAGGGAUUGCUACAAGCUGAAAAACAAGUCAAAACCGCCUAAACAGCAAGCUGAUUACAAGAAUAAAAAGAAAUCAAAGGCACUUCUCACAUGGAGUGAUGAUGAGGAUGAAUUAGCUUCUGAUGAUUCAAGUGAUGAGAUGGUGAGCUUGGCUCUUGUUGGUCUCGAUGGCUCAAUUGAGACAAUCUAUUCGGAUUCAGACACAAAUAGUGAGGUAAACUCUAUUAAUUCAGAAUCUAAUACUAUUGAUGCAACUACUUGUGAACUAACCAUACAGGAUAAGAGUUGUUCAUCAAUAAUGGAACUCAUUGAUCUCAAGAAUGAGAAUUAUGAACUCGAGAAAGAGAAUGUUCAUUUAAAGAAAGUCAUAGGUGAUUUCUUGAAUGAAAAGAGUGCCAAGGCUAGUAGUGGAAUCAUUGCUGAUGUUAAAGCUAAAGAUACAAUUUUAGAAGCUUUCAAGUUAAGCAAAACCCAAAGCUUAGCUGAAAUAUCUAUUCAACCUCGAAGGAUCAAGUCAUUGGAGCAAGAAGUCAAAGAUCUCCAGAAAGCCAUGGGAAAGUUUGUUCAAAGAGAAGAAAGACUCAAAUCCAAGAUGAAACAAGCUAGAGGUCCACAUGACAAUGGAGGUAUUGGUGCGGCUUCUACAUCCACAUCAUCAAUGAAAUAUGAAGGGAAAAAUGGCAUUCCAUACAAUUAUGCCAUGCCUUGGAUGAUGUGUCACAAGUGUGAAAAGAAGGGCCUGCUUGCUAGUAAUUGUUCAAUGAAGAAAACUCAAUCAUCAAGCUGGAAAAGGAAGUCUGCUCACAGACAGUACGCUGACAUUACAAACAGGACAAAGACAGCUCCGAGACAGUAUGUUGAUAAGAUUGGCAGAACAUGGAAGAAGAGUUCUAAAGUGGUCCAAAUAUGGAUCAAGAAAUCUGAUUAA